UGUCCACGUGACAUGAUUCUCCGAGAAAGCUCACUAGCUCCUGGCCGUUUUAAACCCUUUUAUAUUUUCAUAAAUAUAUUCAGAAGUUCAUAACAUAGAAAAUCAAAACCCUGGAAUCUCGAUUCAUAAUAAUUUCAUAUCAUAUGAGUUAAUUAUCCCACAUCUACAUUCUAGCUCUUUCAUUAUGCAUAUGAUCCAUCCUUAAACCUUGAUUUACAUCAAAUCAAGGAGAUUAAUCCAGGAUAGCUAGCUAGGCAACCAUGGCAUGCACUUCCAUGAAUGUCAGUCUUCGACGAUCUUCCUCAGGAGAAGAGUUGUAUAAACAAGCUACUAUACGAAGAUCAUACUCAGACAACAACCUCCUCUCCUCCUCAACCCGAAUUAUUAGACCCGCCUCUUCUUCACAUUGUAAACUUAAGUCGAAUCGUUCCUUUGGGAUUUUAACAACUUCCACUUGUCCAAUUCCUAUGAAGGCACUAUUGUUUGAUACUCAGACUGUAAAUGAUGAGAAUGAUACUAUGGAGGUUGAUGACAGCUUAUUGGGUGAUGGUGAAAAGGAAGAGGAAGUCGAGAGAGAAAAAGGGGUGAAAAGAGCGAAUUGGGUGGAGAGGCUGUUAGAGUUGAGAGCGCGGUGGAAGGGUAGUAAAGAGAAGGAAAUUGAUUGUAGGUAUGAAGAUAAUGAAGAUGAUUGUAAUGGAGAGGAUGGUUGUAUAGUGGAUUAUGAUGGAGAAACAGGAGAUGGAAUAAGAAUGGACUCUGAAUCUUUCUCAAAGUUGCUUGUUCAUGUGCCUUGGACAGAUGCAAACAAGUUCUAUAAGCUUUCUUACCUCUGUAACAAAGCUUAUGCAAUUCCAGAUAUCAAGGUUGAUGAUUUGCAACGAUUCUAUGGUCUAGAAUUCAUGACAUCUUCCUUGGAGAAGAAAGCGAAGGCGGUUGCUUUAAACGCAAAAUUGGCCAAGGACUCAACUCACCAACAAGAAGAAGAUGACUUGGAAAUUCUGCAGCAGAGAGAACAUGUAACUAUUAGCUCUUCUGUUGCCUACGAAAUAGCGGCAUCUGCAGCUUGUCAUGUUCAAAACCGCGCCAAAAAUGAAAAUCAUUCGGGAAAUAGGGUUGUAUGUCCGGUACCGAGAGGCUGUAACUCAGAGAUGGCUGCACAAAUGGCUGCAACAACGAUGACAACAAUAGUAGCUGCAAAGGAGAAAGAAAAACAAGCAGCUGCUAAGGAACUCCAAUCACUACAUUCCUCUCCUUGUGAGUGGUUCGUUUGUGAUGAUCCAACAACUCAUGUGCGCUGCUUUGUAAUCCAGGGGUCUGAAUCGCUGGCUUCUUGGCAAACAAACCUUUUUUUCGAGCCAGCAAAAUUCGAGGAAACGAAUGUAGCUGUUCAUCGAGGGAUUUAUGAAGCAGCAAAGGGAAUAUACGAGCAAUUGAUGCCAGAAAUCCAAAACCAUAUAGAUUCCCAUGGAGAAGAUGCAAAAUUUCAAUUUACAGGUCAUUCACUAGGGGGAAGUCUAUCACUGUUAGUCCAUAUGAUGCUUCUUGUGAGAAGAGUUGUGAAGCCAUCAGUCGUUUUACCAGUGGUUACUUUCGGAUCACCAUUCGUGUUUUGUGGAGGUGAAAAGCUCCUGAAACAGUUGCAAUUGGAAGAAAGCACGGUGCAAAACGUUAUAAUGCAUAGGGAUAUUGUUCCUAGAGCAUUCUCGUGCAACUAUCCUAGACAAGUUGAACAGGUCCUCAAGCGUUUAAACAGCUCUUUCAGAUCACACCCGUGUCUCAACAAGCAUAAACUGUUGUACUCUCCAAUGGGGCAAGUAUACAUUCUUCAACCAGCAGUAAAACAAUCGCCAUCACAUCCACUACUUCCACAAGGGUGUGCUCUAUACACAUUUGACAAGAAGACGAAUACUACUCAACCUGGUUUGGUAGCACAUGCUUUGAGGGAAUUCCUGAAUACUCCACACCCUUUAGAAACACUGAGUGAUCCAAGAGCAUAUGGUUCAGAAGGAACAAUCCUUAGAGAUCAUGACUCAAAAAACUAUAUAAAGGCAGUUAAUGGGGUUAUCAAACAAUAUAAUCAAAUAGCCUUGAGAAAAGUCAAGACUGCAGAGAGACAUACGAUAUGGCCUCUGGUUGGAUCUUCUUCACCUCAAUAUUCAUGGACACAUGAAGGUGUUUUUGAGAACACAACAGCCCGUACGGAGGUGAUGACUAGUGUUUGAUAUAUGUUAAUUGUUAUUGAUAAAUAAAAUUAGUAAAUGGAAACAACAGAAGUCUGUACGUAGUAGGCGCAUGCAUGUACUUAUCUAGUUAGAAUUAGGACUUUCUUCAGUUCUUGUACAUACCCAUUGUAUAUAUAGAAAGAUGCAUUGCAUAUAUGAAGUUGGAAUUAUGACUCCCCAAAGCUAACAUAUACUUCCUACGUUCUUUUUUAGACGAUACAAUUUGACUUUUGUCACUAUAUAUAAUGUUCUUUA